GAGAGGCGGGCGGCGGGCGACUGUGGAUCCGCGCAUCCUUCGCAGUCGGGCGCCGGGGGACAAGUCUAUUACCAUGGGGAGGAUGCCAACAGCGAUUCCCUUCCAGUUGCUCAUCCUAUGCCUUGCGGCCUCUCGGGCAGCUCGUGUCCCUCAUCCUGCCAUCCCCUCCAAUGCCACCAUUUUCUCUCAUGUCUAUACCAUAAAACUGGCCGGGGACAGCACAGAGGGUGAGGACGAAGAUGCCACCCUUGUACCGCAGGAGGCCUUGGGACCCCCUGGCACCUCAAGAGGAGGGGGCCUCUAUGAGCACACCCUGGAAGGGUCUGAUCAGGAGCAUGUGGUUUUCACCCACCGCAUCAACCUCCCCCUGCAGAGCUGCGGGUGUUCACCGGGCACAGAGGACACUCAGCAGCUCUUGAGACGGCUGCAGGCUCUGGAGAACGAGGUGCGGGAGCUACGGGACACCUGCCAAGCGGGAGGGGGCUGCUGUUCUGCAUCGGCCAAUAUCCAGGCAAGCACAGGUCAGACGGAUACACGCACCUUAUGUUCACACCAUGGCUCCUUCGAUCUCUCUCGCUGCCUCUGUGACUGUGAACCAGGUUGGGGUGGCCCCACCUGUGCCCAGCCAGCUUGCCCAGGAGGAUGUGGCGGCCCACAACGGGGCAAGUGUGUGGACGGGCGUUGCCAAUGCCGUUCCGGCUACUCUGGCAUCCGAUGCGAAGAGCCACCUUCCUGCCCAGAUGACUGCAAUGACCAAGGACGUUGUGUGGAUGGCCAUUGCUCCUGCUUUCCGGGAUACAUUGGCCCUUCCUGUGCUGAUCCAGCUUGCCCCCAAGGCUGCCAGGGUCAUGGCCAAUGUGUGUCAGGACGGUGCAUAUGUGACCCUGGCUACUCUGGGCCUGACUGUGGGACCCGCGCCUGUCCAAGCAACUGCAACCGACGUGGAGAGUGCCGUGAUGGACGCUGUGUGUGUGAACCGGGCUUCACGGGCCCAGCAUGUGGCACCAAGUCCUGUCCCAAUGACUGUAACCAGAGGGGGCGCUGCUUGAAGGGUGGGGUGUGUUCCUGCCACAAGGGAUACACUGGGUCAGACUGUGGGCAGUUGGCUUGUCCAGAGGACUGCAGCGGGCACGGUGACUGCCAGCAAGGGGUAUGCCAGUGCCAUGAUGGUUAUUCUGGAGAUGACUGUUCUAUAGAAAUUCCAUCUAUUGGCGUCCGUGUAUCCAGUCGAGACGAAACCUCUUUCCGCCUAGAGUGGAGCCGCCCGGAGAUAUCUGUGGAUGGAUACGAGAUCCACGUGGCAUCCAAGAAUCAUCAGGCAGGGGAGUCUAUACGUCUGUCCAGCACCGAGACCACCUUUGAGCGCACAGGAUUGAAAUCAGGAGAGGACUACACCGUCACCAUCCGGGCCGAGAAGGGGCAGCGCUAUGGGCCCCCUGUCACCCAGACCGUGCGUACACGCGUGGCACCUCCUCGAGGCCUGCAGCCAUCGGGGGCCACAGAAGACACCCUGACCUUGCAUUGGGAUCCACCCACCACACGUCCUGAUAGCUACAUCUUAAGCUAUAUGCCUCUGGUUGCCACCCGGCCCUCCCAGCCUCCCAAACGACUGGAGCUGCCGGCAGUACCUGAAAGUGUCACCUUGGGAGAUCUGGAGAGCCGUACCCGAUAUCGCAUCACUCUGAUUGCCCGCCAAAGCGGAGAGAGCAGCCGACCUGCCAGCAUCACCGCCAGCACUACCGUGCCUGUGCCGAGCAGAGUAAUCCACCUGUAUGCAACUUCAUCCCCGUCUUCCCAGCUGAAUCCUGGCACUGUCUCCUCUGGUCCUGAGGCCAGGAAGCCAGGCCACAAGCCACACACAAGCCACCCCUUGUCUAGCACCACUUCAUUGGCCAAUGAAUUGUCCCUGAGGAUGAUGGUACAAAACUUCUCAGCCACACUUUCUUUAUUCAAUGGAACUCUCCUUGAACGCCUGGAGAGCUACCUUCGCACCACUAAGUACCCCCUCCGAAACAAUCAGACCAUAAAGAGCGUGGCGCAAGCCAUCUACAUCUACAUAAUCCAUCGAAAGCCACGAGAGUUCCAAGAUAUGAUCUACGAGCGCCUUGUUGAAGAGACCAACCCUCCCAUUCAGACAAAUGGCUUUCAGGGUCAAAGCGUCUUCUCAAAUGGAUACACCCGUCCAGACCACACCAGGCCAGCCGUGGUAGCCAGCUCCCCAGACAGCAUCGAAGUGUCUUUGGAUGGUGUGACGAUGCUCUCAGAUGAAGUGUUUAUCCAUUACCAGAAGCCAGGAAGUCAAGAACGUGGGGAGUUAGUGGUGCCCGGAGGCACACCUACAGCUGUCAUCACUGGAUUGAUUCCGGGCACAAAGUACUAUGUGGAGAUUCACGGGGUAGUGAAAGGACGUUCUUCUAAGUCAUACUCCUUUGUAACCACCACAGCUCCAGAUCCGUUUCUCACCGACAAGAUCCCUAGCACCCCUGGUCCCAACACGAUUACUGCGAUGCCGCUAAGCGACCUAAAUGUGACUGACGUCUCUCCAAACAGCCUCCGAGUGAUUUGGUCAUCCCCACCCAAUACCUUCAGCACUUUUUCCCUUCAGUAUAGGGACCCUAAAUCCAAUACAGCCCCAGGGGAAAUCAAAGUACCUGGGACUGAGAGGAGUGUCAACGUGAUGGGUUUGAACCCUGCCACUGAAUAUGAUCUGGAGUUACAUGGGGAGAGACCCGAUGGGAUCCACAGUGCUCCACUAAUUACAAAGGCAUCUACAGCCCCUGCAGUAUUGCCGUCAGAAAGGGGAAAGCCCAACCUGGGGACACUCUCUGUUUCAGAAGUCACAGACAACUUUGCGCACCUCUUGUGGGACAGCCCCACUGGGACCUUCAACUCCUUUUUGAUCCAGUACAAAGAUGCUGAGGGUAAACUAAAGGCAGUGCCCGUAGAUGCGAGUUCCCGGGAGGCCACUAUCUCUGAUCUGGUACCCUCCCAAAAAUACAAGUUCAACCUCUAUGGAUUCAUAGGCCGCAAGCGACAUGGUCCUGUCUCUACGGAGACAACCACAGCCCCAGUUGCAUCAGAAGAGAGACAAGAGAAGGAACUACUGACACCACCCAGCUUGGGAGAACUUAUUGCCUCAGAAAUCACCAAAGAUUCUGUACGUUUGUCUUGGAGGGUCCCUACAGGAAACUUUGAUUCCUUUGUGAUCCAGUUUAAGGAUGCUGAGGGCAGAUCCCAAGUGCUGCCUGUUGAGGGGGCCUUCCGCGAGGUCACUGUCCCCAGCCUGGCUCCUUCCCGUAGAUACAGGUUCAAUCUCUACGGAAUUGCCGAUCGCAAGCGUCUUGGUCCCGUUUCUAAAGAUGUCACCACAGCAUCAUGGGUAGAAGAGCCCCUGCCCUUACCUGAACCCGUCCUCGGUGACCUCUUGGUCUCAGAUGCCACCAGCAACUCCGUCCGUCUCUCAUGGACUGUCCCUACAGGCACUUUUGACUCCUUCUUGAUCCAGUACCAAGACCCUGAGGGCAACAGCCAAGCCCUGCCUGUGGGCCGAGAUUCCCUUGAGGUCACUGUUCCCAAUUUGGUCCCUUCCCAAAGGUACAAGUUCGAUCUCUACGGCAUCUCUGGGCCGCAGCGUCUCGGACCUGUCUCUGCAGACGCCACCACAGCGCCCUCUCAAGGCACAAAAGUGUUUCAGCCCAGCCUCGGGGAACUCUCGGCCUCUGAUGCUACCAGCAAUUCUGUGCGUCUUUCGUGGACUGUCCCUACCGGGAGAUUCAACUCCUUCCAAGUCCAGUUCAAGGAUGCUGAAGGCAAACCCCAGGCAUUGCCCGUGGAAGGGAGCUCCCGUCAAGUCACUGUCCCCAACCUUUCUCCUUCCCGCAAAUACAAGUUCAACCUCUAUGGCAUCUUUGAACGAAAGCGCUAUGGCCCCAUCUCCACUGAGGCCUUGACAGCACCUGCUACAGCUUCUCGUGAGGAAAGGGUCCCUGUUGAGCCCAGCUUGGGAGAGCUCUUGGUCUCUGAUGUCACCAGUGACUCUGCCGUCCUCUCUUGGACUGUUCCUACUGGAAGCUUCGACUCUUUCCUGGUUCAGUUCAAAGACACAGAGGGCAAGCUUCAGGUGCUGCCUGUGGAUGGUGGCUUCCAUAAGGUCACCAUCUCCAAUCUGGCUCCCUCCCACAGAUAUAAGUUCAACCUCUAUGGCGUCUCUGGCCGCAAGCGAUCAGGUCCAGUUUCCACAGAUGCCACCACAGCUGCAACAGCAACAUCGCCAAAGGUGACUACUGAGAGGGUUACCAUUCAGCUUAGCCUGGAGCAACUCACAGCAUCUGACAUCACCAGUGACUCGCUUCGUCUUUCCUGGAUUGUCCCCACUGGGAAUUUUGAUUCCUUCUUAGUCCAGUACAGAGAUGCAGAAGGGAAACUUCAGUCAUUGCCCGCGGAGGGGGCUUUCCGUACACUCGUCAUUCCAAACUUGGAGCCUUCCCAGAGAUAUAAGUUCAACCUCUACGGCAUUUCUGGCAACAAGCGUCUUGGCCCUCUCUCUGUCGAUGCUGUCACAGCUUCACAGAUGGAGAAACCUACACCACCUCUCAGACUAGGGGAGCUGUCAGCCGACAACAUAAUGCCCAGUUCCCUUGAUCUGUCCUGGAAUGUUGAGGCGGGGAAUUUUGAUUCUUUUAUCAUUCAGUAUCGAGACGCUGAGGACCAAACCCAAGCUCUUCCCAUUGACGGGGUCCUACGCUCUUUCCACGUCCAUGACUUGGUUCCUUCUCAUAGUUACAAAUUCAACCUCUAUGGCAUUUCAGGCCGGAAGCGUUUGGGUCCUGUCUCCAUCGAGGCUCUCACAGCCCCAGAACCAACAGUACCACCAGCUCAGCCCAGCCUAGGGGAGCUCUCAGUCUCUGAUGUCACCAGUGACUCUGCCCGUCUCUCGUGGACCGUUCCCAUGGGAAGCUUUGACUCCUUUGUGAUCCAGUACAAAGACGCAGAGGGCAAGCCUCAGGCAUUGCCUGUGGAGGGGGUCUUCCGUGAGGUCACUGUCCCCAGUCUGGUUCCUUCCAGCCGAUACAAGUUCAACCUCUACGGAAUCUCCGGCCGCAAGCGUAUCGGCCCUAUUUCCACUGAUGCUGUUACAGCCGCGUUGCCAACAGUACCACCAGCCCAGCCUACCCUAGGGGAGCUGUCCAUCUCUGACGUCACCAGUGACUCUGCCCGUCUCUCCUGGACUGUCCCCACUGGGAGCUUCGACUCUUUCCUGAUUCAGUACAAGGAUGCAGAGGGGAAACCCCAGGCUUUGCCUGUGGAAGGGGAUUCCCGCGAGGCCACUGUCCCCAACCUGGCUCCUUCCCGGAGAUACAAGUUCAACCUCUACGGUGUCUCCGGUCGCAAGCGGCUUGGCCCCAUUUCUGCUGAUACCGUCACAGCCCCGAUACCAACAACACCGCCGGCCAAGCCCAGCCUAGGGGAGCUCUCAGUCUUUGAUGUCACCAGUGACUCUGCCCGUCUCUCCUGGACUGUCCCCACUGGGAGCUUCGACUCUUUCCUGAUUCAGUACAAGGAUGCAGAAGGAAAACUCCAGGCUUUGCCUGUGGAAGGGAAUUCCCAUGAGGCCACUGUCCCCAACCUGGCUCCUUCCCGGAGAUACAAGUUCAACCUCUACGGUGUCUCCGGUCGCAAGCGGCUUGGCCCCAUUUCUGCUGAUACCAUCACAGCUCCAGAACCAACAGUACCACCAGCUCAGCCCAGCCUAGGGGACCUCUCGGUCUCUGACGUCACCAGUGACUCUGUCCGUCUCUCCUGGACCGUUCCCAUGGGAAGCUUUGACUCCUUCCUGAUUCAGUACAAGGAUGCAGAGGGAAAACCUCAGGCUUUGCCUGUGGAAGGGGAUUCCCGCGAGGCCACUGUCCCCAACCUGGCUCCUUCCCGGAGAUACAAGUUCAACCUCUAUGGUGUCUCUGGUCGCAAGCGGCUUGGCCCCAUUUCUGCUGAUACCAUCACAGCCCCGAUACCAACAACACCGCCAGCCAAGCCCAGCCUAGGGGAGCUCUCAGUCUUUGAUGUCACCAGUGACUCUGCCCGUCUCUCCUGGACUGUCCCCACUGGGAGCUUCGACUCUUUCCUGAUUCAGUACAAGGAUGCAGAAGGAAAACCCCAGGCUUUGCCUGAGGAAGGGGAUUCCCGUGAGGCCACUGUCCCCAACCUGGCUCCUUCCCGGAGAUACAAGUUCAACCUCUACGGUGUCUCCGGUCGCAAGCGGCUUGGCCCCAUUUCUACUGAUACCGUCACAGCCCCCGAACCAACAGCACCACCAGCUCAGCCCAGCCUAGGGGACCUCUCGGUCUCUGAUGUCACCAGUGACUCUGCCCGUCUCUCCUGGACCGUUCCCAUGGGAAGCUUUGACUCCUUUGUGAUCCAGUAUAAAGAUGCAGAGGGCAAACCUCAGGCAUUGCCUGUAGAGGGGGUCAUCCGCGAGGUCACUGUCCCCAGUCUGGUUCCUUCUCGCCGAUACAAGUUCAACCUCUAUGGAAUCUCCGGCCGCAAACGUAUCGGCCCUAUUUCCACUGAUGCUGUUACAGCUCCAGAACCAACAGCACCACCUGCUCAGCCCAGCCUAGGGGAGCUCUCGGUCUCUGAUGUCACCAGUGACUCUGCCCUUCUCUCCUGGACCGUUCCCACGGGAAGCUUUGACUCCUUCGUGAUCCAGUACAAAGAUGCAGAGGGCAAGCCUCAGGCAUUGCCCGUGGAGGGGGUCUUCCGCGAGGUCACUGUCCCCAGUCUGGUUCCUUCUCGCCGAUACAAGUUCAACCUCUACGGAAUCUCUGGCCGCAAACGUAUCGGCCCUAUUUCCACUGAUGCUGUUACAGCCCCAGAACCAACAGCAUCACCAGCUCAGCCCAGUCUAGGGGAGCUCUCAGUCUCUGAUGUCACCAGUGACUCUGCCCGUCUCUCCUGGAUCGUUCCCACGGGAAGUUUUGACUCCUUCAUGAUCCAGUACAAAGAUGCAGAGGGCAAGCCUCAGUCAUUGCCUGUGGAGGGGGUCUUCCGUGAAGUCACCGUCCCCAACCUGGUUCCUUCCCGCCAAUACAAGUUCCAUCUCUACGGCAUCUUGGGACGCAAGCGUCACGGCCCCAUUUCUGCUGAUGCUGUUACAGCUCCGUUACCAACAGAACCACCAGCCCAGCCCAGCCUAGAGGAGUUCACAGUUUCUGACGUCACCAGUGAUUCUGCUCGUCUCUCCUGGACUGUCCCCACUGGGAGCUUUGACUCCUUCCUAGUCCAGUACAAGGACGCGGAGGGCCAAUCCCAGGCAUUGCCAGCGGAUGGAAGUUCCCGUGAAGUCACCGUUCCCAACCUGGCUCCUUCCCGCCAAUACAAGUUCAACCUCUAUGGUGUCUCUGGCCACAAACGUUUUGGCCCCGUUUCCACUGAUGCCAUGACAGCCCCGUCACCAACAACACCACCUCCCCAGCCCAGCCUAGGAGAGCUCUCCGUCUCUGACGUUACCAGUGAUUCUGCUCGACUCUCCUGGACCGUCCCCACUGGAAGCUUUGACUCUUUCAUGAUCCAGUACAAGAAUGCAGAUGGCAAACCCCAGGCGUUGCCCGUAGAGGGAGAUUCCCGUGAGAUCACGGUCCCCAACCUGGCUCCUUCCCGUAGAUACAAGUUCAACCUCUAUGGUGUCUCUGGCCAGAAACGUCUUGGUCCCGUUUCUGUUGACACUGUCACAGCAUCGUCCCCACAAGAACCUCCAGUUCCUCCCAGCCUAGGAGAACUCUCUGCUUCAGAUAUCACCAGCCACUCUCUACGACUCUCAUGGACGGUCCCCGUAGGAGGCUUUGACUCCUUCCUGGUCCAGUACAAGGAUGCUGAAGGCAAACCUCAGGCCCUUCCGGUGGAGGGAGCCUCCCGCGAGUUCACCAUCCAGAACCUAGUGCCUUCCCGCAGAUACAAGUUCAAUCUUUACGGACUUAGCGGCCGUAAACGUUUUGGUCCUGUUUCUACCGAUGCCCUCACAGCUCCUGUGGAGGAAAAGUCAGCUCCACCCUCCUUGGGGGAUCUCUCUAUCUCUGAUGUUACCAGCAACUCCACCCACCUUACCUGGACUGUCCCCACGGGGAACUUUGACUCCUUCUUGGUCCAGUACAAGGAUGCUGAAGGCAGACCUCAGGCAUUGCCCCUGGAUGGAAGCACCCGCCAGACCACCAUCUCAGGCUUGUCUCCUUCCCGUCGAUACAAAUUCAACCUCUACGGGAUUUCUGGGCGUAAACGCCUUGGCCCCAUCUCUGCUGAUACAGUCACAGCCCCGCUGGAGAGGGACGAUGCGGGAAAGCCCAGCCUAGGAGAGCUCUCGGUCUCUGAUGUCACCAGCAACUCCGUCCACCUUUCCUGGACUGUCCCCACUGGGAGCUUUGACUCUUUCCUGAUCCAAUACAAGGAUGCAGAAGGCAAACCCCAGACGUUGCCCAUGGAGGGAGGCUCCCGCGAGGUCACUGUCCCCAACUUGGCUCCUUCCCGCAGAUAUAAAUUCAACCUCUACGGGGUCUCUGGCCGCAAGCGUCUCGGCCCUGUUUCUGCCGAAGCCACCACAGCUGCAGCAGAUCAGGAGGAAGAAAAGACCAAGAAAGAGGAGGAAGAGGAGGAGGUGCAAGAGGAGAAAGAGGAGCAGGAAGAUGGAGGGAGACCUCAGCCUAGUUUGGGAGAACUAUCAGUCUCAGAGGCCACCAGUGAUUCUGUCCAUCUUUCCUGGAGCGUCCCAACUGGAAAUUUUGACUCCUUCUUAAUUCAGUACAGAGACACAGAGAACAACCUGCGGGACCUGACUAUGGAGGGAGACUCUCUAGAAACCAUAGUCCCUAACCUAACUCCUUCCCACAGUUACCGAUUUGAACUCUAUGGCAUUUUCAGUCACGAACGAUUUGGGCCCAUAGCUGUUGAUGCCUCCACAGCUCCCUUGGAGGCAGAGGAGGGAACAGUCACGCCACACCCACAGCCCAACCUGGGAGAGCUCUCUGUGUCUGACAUCACCACCAACUCCGUCCGCCUCUUUUGGAGCAUCCCCAUUGGGAUCUUUGACUCCUUCCUGGUGCAGUACAAGGAUGCCGAGGGCAAGCCACAGUCACUGCCUGUGGGCAAGGAGAUCAGUUCCGUUGUGAUAUAUUAUCUGGUGCCUUCCUACAGAUACAAGUUCAACCUCUACGGCAUCUCUGGACGAAAGCGCUUCGGCCCAGUCUCGGUCACCGUUGCCACAGCAACAACAGAGCCUCAGGAAGAUGUUGAAGUUGUACAACAGGGGGGAAUGGAAGAGGUCACCCCUGGAACUGAGCAACGUCUGGGCAACCUCUCAGUCUCUGAGGUCACCAGUCACACUGCCCGUCUCUUAUGGAGCGUUCCCACAGGAAGCUUUGAUUCCUUCUCUGUCCAGUACAAGGAUGCUGAGGGAAGACCCCAGGCUAUUCCUGUAGGAGGGGGAUCCUACGAGGUCAUUGUCCCCAAUUUGGUUCCAUCUCAUAAAUACAGAUUCAAUCUCUAUGGAAUUUCUGGACACAAGCGUCUUGGACCCAUUUCUGUUAGUGCUGUGACAGCUGCAAAAGCACCUGAGCAGGAAGUGGAGGAACAGCCGGAGAAAACAGCAGACAAGAGUGUUCAGCCCAGUCUUGGAGACGUCACUGUCUCCGAGGUCACUCCAGAUUCCCUCCUCCUCUCCUGGAGCAUUCAGGAGGGUCAUUUUGACUCUUUCCUCAUCCAGUACAAGGAUGCUGCAAGGAAGCUUCAGGUGCUGCCUGUGGACGGAGCUAUGCGCUCUCUCCACCUCUACAACCUCUCGCCCUUGCAGAGAUACGAAUUUAGCAUCUAUGGAAUCUACGGCAACAAGCGUCUUGGGCCUGUCUCAGUUGUUGCUGUCACAGCACCAGAGGUAUCCCAGGAAAAAGCUCAUGUCCAGCCCCGCCUAGAAGAUCUCUCCGUCUCCAAGGUCACCAGCGAUUCUGUCAGUCUCUCCUGGACUGUCCCUGCUGGGAGCUUUGACUCUAUCUUGGUCCAGUAUAGAGAUGCAAAGGGCAAGCCUCAGGUGUUGCCCUUAAACGGAGAUUCCCGUGACGUUACGGUCUCCAACUUGGCUUCUUCUCACAGAUAUAAGUUCAAUCUUUAUGGUGUUUAUGGUCGCAAGCGCCUUGGUCCCAUCUCCAUCGAUGCUGUCACAGGCCCAGGCACACAAUCAGAGGAAGCCGCUCCGCUGAGGCUUGGAGAAUUGUUGGCUGGUGACAUCACACCCGAAUCACUACUCCUCUCCUGGACAGUCGAGGAUGGAAAUUUUGAUUCCUUUAUCAUCCAGUACUACGACGCAGAGGGCAAGCCCCAUGCUUUGCCUGUGGAUGGGGGCUUGCGCUCGCUGAGGCUCCACGAUAUGACACCCUCUCACAAAUACAGGUUCAACCUAUAUGGAGUCUCCGGUCGCAAGCGCUUCGGUCCGAUCUUCACAGAGGCCAUCACAGCUCCUGCACCUUCUGGCCAGGUAGCCCCUCUACAGCCCAGUCUGGGUGAGAUCUCAGCCUCCGAUGUCACUGGUACAUCUGUCCAUCUGUCCUGGAGUGUUGCCUCAGGGAAAUUUGACUCCUUUAUUAUCCAGUACCGAGAUAUGGAUGGCAAACCCCAGACGUUGCCCGUGAAUGGAAAUUCCCGCGAUGUCACCAUUUCAAACUUGGUGCCUUCUCGCAGAUACAAAUUCAAUCUUUAUGGCAUUGCUGGACGGAAGCGCCUCGGACCCAUCUCCACUGAAGCUAUCACAGCUCGAAUGGAGGAGCCAGAAAAGCAUCCCAAACUGGGGGACCUCUCCAUCUCCGAAGUGACCAACGACUCCGUCCGUCUCUCGUGGACCAUCUCCUUUGGGAAAUUUGAGUCUUUCCUGAUCCAGUACAAAGAUGCCAAUGGCAGGCACCAAACGUUGCCCAUUGAUGCUGACUCCCGCACAUUCGUGGUCUCUGGCCUUCUGCCUUCCCAUAAAUACAAGUUCAACCUCUACGGCAUUUCAGGAAGGAAGCAGAUUGGACCCAUUUCUACCGAUGCUGUCACAGCUUUCCCAGAGGCCAUCAAACCCCUCACUCUGCUCAAGAACCUGAUUGUCUUUGACAAGACACCCACCACGCUGCUGCUCAUGUGGGAAGCUCCUGAGGGACUGUGCGAUUCCUUCCGGAUCCGAUACAAGGAUUCCCUCGUGGGAAGUGGAAAGAGCCCCCUGCCAGCCAAGGAAGUUGAAGUGCCUGGGGCCGAGCGCUCAGCCGUGCUUAGGGGCCUUGCACCAAACAAAGAAUACAGCCUCACACUGUACGGUAUCAAGAAUGGCUCAGAAGUGGCCAGUAUCAACACCGCAGCACGAACGAGCGGGCUAGAGCUGGACAGUCCCCGGGACCUGCGGUUCAGUGACAUCCGUGAGACCUCCGUUGUGGCAAACUGGAGGGAGCCAUCGUCUCGCAUUGAUCGCUACAAAGUUUCCUUCCAGCCAUCAGAUGGAGGGGAGCCUAGAAGUAUCUCUGUGGACGGAUCCAAGCUAAGAACAAUCAUCGGAGGCCUGAUCCCUGGGACCAGUUAUGAGGUCAGUGUGAUGUCGAUCCGGGGCUUCGAAGAGAGCGAGCCCUUGGUGGGCUACGUCACCACAGUUCCAGAUGGUCCCUCCAACCUGAGAGCUGUUAACGUGACUGAUUCCUCUGCUGUCCUGACUUGGCAACCUGCUGUGGCCGAGAUGAACAACUACAUCGUCACUUAUGGACCAGCUGGUGGCUCUAGAGUCUCUGAAUCUGUGCCAGGGAACCGGGCCGAGCUGCGGUUGACAGGGCUACGACUGGACACAGAAUAUCGGGCCAGUGUCUAUGGAGAAAAGGAAGGAAACCGUAGCUCACCAGUCAGCGCCACUUUCACCACUGGAGCUGAUGGACCACGAAAUCUCCAGGCUACCGAGAUCUCACCCCGUAGCGCUCGUCUUACCUGGUUACCACCCCGGGCCCCGCCUGGCGGUUAUCUACUGAGCUACGAAACCCCGUAUGGACAAACAAAGGAGAUCACCGUGGAUGCUUCCGUCACCUCAUAUGAACUCCAGGACCUCUUUCCUUCCAGCCGGUACCAGGUUCAAGUCCAGGCACUGAGGAGAGGCAUGCCAACAGCCCCCACCUCUACGUCUUUCACCACUGGGCACCUGACUUAUCCAUUCCCUCGGGAUUGUGCAGAGGAGAGCUGGAAUGGCCCGGGGCCAUCUCGGGAAACAACAAUUUAUCUGGGGGGCAACCGGAACCGCCCUAUACAGGGAUACUGUGACAUGGAGACUGAUGGUGGAGGCUGGCUGGUCUUUCAACGCCGGAUGAAUGGCAAGACCGAUUUUUGGCGUGACUGGCAGGAUUAUGCCACUGGCUUUGGCAACCGCUCCCAAGAAUUUUGGCUAGGGAAUGACGCUUUGCACCAAAUGACGACAUCUGGGGACUAUGAGCUGCGUGUGGACCUCCGUGCUGGGGACGAGUCUGUCUACGCUGUAUACGACAGUUUUCGCGUGGACUCUCCUGCUGAUUAUUACCGCUUGCACCUGGGCAGCUACAGUGGCACAGCAGGUGAUGCAUUCAGCUACCACUCGGGCAGCGUCUUCUCCACUCGUGACCGGGACCCCAACCGGGUCAUCAUUCCAUGUGCUGUGUCCUACCGUGGGGCAUGGUGGUACCACAACUGCCAUUACGCCAAUCUCAACGGGCUCUACGCGAAUAACCGUGACCACCAGGGCAUCAACUGGUUUAACUGGAAAGGGUUCGAGUUCUCCAUCCCCUUCACCGAGAUGAAGCUACGACCCCACAGCUUCCGACCCUUGCGGCGGGUGUGAGCGAAGAAGCGAGGCUGCCAAAAUGACUGACCCAGGGGGAAGGGGGUAAACAACACAAGAGGAGGAAGCAGCAAGUAGGAAGAUCUAGCAACUACCCCUCCCCGCUGGGAUACCUCACAUCUUGCCUUAAUUUCCCCCACCCUGAGAAGACCAGAGCACAACAAAGACAGGAAAUGGCAAAAUAUUACAAAAGCACCUUGUAUCAAGAUUUCUUUUUCUGCCACUGACCAGGCAUGAAUAUCAGGGGCCUGAAGCAUCUGGAGGAAUCGAUAGCUGAAGGGCAGAGUUAAGGGGAUGAAUUUGAAUGUUGUUGUGAGAUAACUGGGCAGCCCUGGUUAGCACAAUCGAUUCUGACUCAAUGGAUCCAAGAUUCUAUGUGACAGAAUGAAUCCUGGCAGAGAACUAGAUAGAAAUUUCCAGUCAGAGGAUCAGGUGAUAUAUAUAUAUAUAUAUUUUUAAAAGGGAAGAAUGAAUGAAAGCGAGACAACAAGAGCAAAAUAUUGAAUGUGUGCACAAUCAAGAAGUUUGGUCCCCACACACCCCGCCAAACUAAGAGAUGUAGAUCAAUUCUGAAGAAAAUCUGCGCACAAAUAAAUCAGCCUCCCCCCCUCCCGCCUCAAUAUGGGAGAAGCCAUAGGGCUCAGCUAGUUAGCUCUGUUCCAAGAUAGAAACUAAAGUCACACACCCCACCCCCAGGGAAAAAAUGGAUGGAAACCAAAAUGUUGCCAGUGUCCUUAGUUUUCAUUUUCUCAGUCUUAUUUUUUUUGCUCCAAACAUGUCCAACAGUUAAAUACCGGGGUUUUUUUCAGCUGGAACACGGUGGAACGGAGUUCCGGAACCUCUUGAAAAUGGUCACAUGGCUGGUGGCCCCGCCCCUUGAUCUUCAGACAGAGGGGAGUUUAGAUUGCCCUCUGCGCGUCUGGAGAUCAGAGGGCGGGGCCACCAGCCAUGUGACCAUUUUCUCCGAGGGCAACCCACUGAGUUCCACCACCUCUUUUCCCAGAAAAAAACCCCCUGGUUAAAUAUACUAUCAGUCACCUUUACUCUGCCUACCUAGUCAUUGUCUGACCCUCAGUAGUGAUCAGGGGUGGGGAUUGCUUUGGUUCGGGGGAACAAAAAUGUCCCUGUUUGAACUGCAACUUUGUUAUUGCCAGGCCUCCCAAGAGCAACCCCAGAUGCUUGAUAUCAAGCAAGGUGCGGGGAGAGCGAAAUGUUUACAGGAAAGGAUGUCUCUUCUUGUGGGGUGAUGGGUGUGUGUUUUGGGUGGAGGGGGCAGUUAUGAGGCGGGGCAGGAUUUUUGCACGGGGCAGGUGGGUGGGAGGGGCAGGCUGUACAGUGUUACUUUUUAGAGGUGGGGUUAAAGUUUCUAUAUAAGAAGCGCUUGGGGAAAAAUUAUUUUUAGAGCGUUGUGAGAAACCGUGUAAAAUAAAAAUUAAAUUUUAAAAAUGGA